AUGGCUGGGAAAAGUAGGAAAGAUCAGCAAUGCAGUGGAUUGAGAGAGCUCUUGCAGGAUGUCAACCGGCAGCCCUGGGAGUAUAUUGUACUGCCACUGAGAAAAGUGACACAGCCAAGCUCACCUGAUGCGGAGCAACUAUCCAAAUAUUAUGCUGAUUUGCUAUGGACUUCUACAAAAAUGGAUCCCUGCAGCAGUGAUUUUUGGCGGCAAAGGCGCUUUCUCUGUAAGAAGCUCGGAACCAAGGGUGCAAGUUUUGAACUUCUGGUCACAAAGAAUCAUCUGUAUAUGGAUAGGAAGAACGAGAAUGUUUGGUUCCAUAGGAAGUGGGUUCUCGAUACAUUUGGGGGGUGGGAAAAUGAACUUGCGUUUUGCACUGAACGUCUUCAAAGGGACACUUAUGAUGAGCAAGCUUGGGUUCAGAGAUUCUUUGCUGUACUCAGUUGCGAAAUAGGGAUUGCAGAAUUCGAUUAUGCCUUGGAAGCCAUAGAAAAAGACCCAGAAAAUGAGUUCCCUUGGAGGCACCUUUGGCAUCUUUACGAACAAAUUCGGGGCGGUGAGAUGGUUGAAGAUAGUAAGAGUAAGUCUGAGUUGAGAAAACAGGUUGGCAAGAAGCUCGACUCUCUUUUCGUCCGCGUUAUUGACACGAGAAAUGAUUUCGAUUGGGACUUUCCGUUCACUAAACGGGAAUUGGACUCCAAUGUCAUCAGGAUGAACAUUACUAUGCGCGGUAAAAAAUAUUUAUGUGCUAUGGAGGCGCUUCUUCAUUUAGCCAUCUUAGGCUAUUACCCCUCGAAACCGGUCCGAGAUGCAUUGGCUGAUAUUUAUCCUAUCACUGUAAAGAAAUCCAGACCCGUAGAGCAAAUUCGUUAUAUAUUGGACUUGGCGAAUGGGUGGAGGGCUCCAUUUUGGACAAGAAGAGUUCAUAAAUAUGAUCUGUGA